UGUCUUACUGCUACGGCAGGGCUGGGGAUUGCAGUAGCCGCUGUUGCUGCUGCUUCCAGUCGUGCCCCUGCUGCUACCUAGUCCUGCCUCACUGCAUCCCAGAAGAGCCACGUUGGCUUGCCUUCCCCUAUUGGAUUUUCACAAGCAGCUCUUCGGGUUUUUGUGCUGUAGGAGACCUUGCUUUUCAAUCACACGGGAGAACACUGAAGCUUGUAAGAGGAGAAUCUGGCAGCUGGACACAGCUUGGACUGCAUUGUGUGUCUUCAUGACCCCUGCUGUGUAGCGGCUCAUCUUUUCACUCUCUCGCGUACACUCUCCUCGAUUUUAUUUCCUUCCCUUUUUUUUUUCUUUCUUCUGAUUUUUUUAAAGCAGCCUCUGGAGCCAGCCAUGUUUGGCACUGAAUCUUCAUUGAGCAUGUUUUUGAACACAUUAACACCGAAGUUCUACGUGGCCCUGACAGGCACUUCCUCACUAAUAUCAGGGCUCAUUUUGAUAUUUGAAUGGUGGUAUUUUCGCAAGUAUGGAACAUCAUUCAUUGAACAAGUGUCAGUAAGCCACUUGCGCCCCCUCCUGGGAGGGGUUGACAACAACUCCUCCAACAAUUCUAACUCCAGUAAUGGGGACUCAGAUUCCAACAGGCAAAGUGUCUCAGAAUGCAAAGUAUGGCGAAAUCCACUAAAUUUAUUUAGGGGCGCUGAAUAUAAUCGGUACACUUGGGUGACAGGACGAGAGCCUCUGACUUACUAUGACAUGAAUCUCUCUGCCCAGGACCACCAGACGUUCUUUACUUGUGACUCAGACCACCUGCGUCCUGCAGAUGCAAUAAUGCAGAAAGCCUGGAGAGAGAGAAACCCCCAAGCUAGGAUUUCUGCAGCUCAUGAAGCCUUAGAGAUAAAUGAAAUUAGGUCCAGAGUUGAAGUUCCCCUAAUUGCUUCCUCUACCAUCUGGGAGAUAAAAUUGUUACCAAAGUGUGCAACUGCUUAUAUUCUCUUGGCUGAAGAGGAAGCAACAACCAUUGCUGAAGCAGAAAAGCUGUUUAAGCAGGCCCUGAAGGCUGGAGAUGGCUGUUACCGGCGUUCUCAGCAGCUACAGCAUCACGGAUCCCAGUAUGAAGCCCAACAUAGACGAGAUACCAACGUCUUGGUCUACAUCAAAAGAAGGCUAGCAAUGUGUGCCAGAAGACUCGGGAGGACCAGGGAAGCAGUGAAAAUGAUGAGAGAUUUGAUGAAGGAGUUCCCCUUGCUGAGCAUGUUCAACAUCCAUGAAAACCUUCUAGAAGCACUUCUGGAACUACAAGCAUAUGCUGAUGUUCAGGCAGUCUUAGCAAAGUAUGAUGAUAUAAGCUUACCAAAGUCGGCAACAAUAUGCUAUACAGCUGCCUUGCUCAAAGCAAGAGCUGUCUCUGACAAAUUCUCUCCCGAGGCUGCAUCUCGGCGGGGGCUGAGCACAGCAGAGAUGAACGCAGUAGAGGCCAUUCAUAGAGCUGUGGAAUUCAACCCUCACGUGCCAAAAUACCUACUAGAAAUGAAAAGCUUAAUUCUACCCCCAGAACAUAUCCUGAAGCGAGGGGACAGUGAAGCAAUAGCAUAUGCGUUCUUUCAUCUGGCGCACUGGAAGAGGGUGGAAGGGGCUUUGAAUCUUUUGCAUUGUACGUGGGAAGGCACUUUUCGGAUGAUCCCUUAUCCCUUGGAAAAGGGACAUCUGUUUUAUCCUUACCCAAUCUGUACAGAAACAGCAGAUCGAGAGCUGCUUCCAUCUUUCCAUGAAGUCUCAGUUUACCCAAAGAAGGAGCUUCCCUUCUUUAUCCUCUUCACUGCCGGAUUGUGUUCCUUCACAGCCAUGCUGGCCCUCUUGACACAUCAGUUCCCGGAACUCAUGGGGGUCUUUGCAAAAGCUAUGAUUGACAUUUUCUGCUCGGCAGAGUUCAGGGACUGGAAUUGCAAGAGCAUUUUCAUGUGUGUUGAAGAUGAACUGGAAAUUCCACCGGCACCUCAAUCUCAACAUUUCCAAAACUGAACUCAUCACCCUCUUCCCCCACCACCAAAACCACCCCUCCUCCUGUAUUCCUGACCUCUCCCAUUGCCUCUGCCGUCCACCCAGUUACUCAAGCCAGAAGCGCAGCAGCCCUCCCAGGCUCCUCUCUCACUCUCCACACCCUACCUGUCUCAGCUCCCAGUCUGUCGGAUCUAACCUCCAAUGCUACUAGGCGUUCAGUAAAUGUAAUUCAUCCCUACUUAGUCCCUUCUUUCCCCAUAGCAUCUCUCUCAGUUUAGGUCUUGUUAUUUCUUGCUUGGACUCCUCUGCCAGAGUCUUAACUGGUCUCCUUGCUUCCAGUUCCAUCCCCUGCCAGUCCUUCUCUCGUACUGACACAAGAAUGAUCUUUCUAAAUUGCAAGUCUGAGCAUGUCACUUCCCUGCUUGAAUUUCUCCAAAGGUUUCCCACCAACUUCAGAAUAAAGUCCCAGAUCUUUAGCAAGGCAUGCAAGGUCCUUUACAGUCAUGCCUUGCUUGCCUCUUCGGCCUCAUCUCUCCCACCUCUUGCAUAGACACUGCUCUUAGACCAUAGUGACUCACCACUCCCAGAUGCACAGGCUCUUGUACACCUCAGUGCCUUUGCACGUGCCUUUUGCUCUGCAUGGAAUGCCCUUCCCCAUCACCACCUUGGCUUGUCCACUCUACUAACUCCUCUUCACUCUUUUACACUCAGCUUUCUUUCUAAGUUUCUCCCAAGCUGAGUUAGAGGUCUUUCCUCCGUGAUCCCACAGUAUUCUAUGAAUACCUAUAUUAUCACACUUAUUGUACUAUAAUUGUUAAAAACUUGUCCGUCCCCCUUUUAGAAUGUGAGCUCCUUGAGAGCAGGACUGUGUCUUCCUCAUCUCUGUAUCCCCAAAGCUUUGCACAGUGCCUUGCACGUAGUAGGUUUUCAAUAAAUGAUUAUUAAAUAAA